AUGGCCCCUGACUUGAAGUAUGUCGAAUCGGUGUCACGCACGAUUGCACAAUAUUCUGAAGGCCCGAAGAUCGUUGUUGAAAAGAGUACAGUACCUGUUCGAGCUGCUGAAAGCAUCAACUGUAUACUGCGAGAAGCUCAGCGGAACGACCCUCGCCUGUCUUUCCAGGUGCUGUCAAAUCCAGAAUUUCUGGCUGAAGGAACUGCAAUCAGAGAUUUGUCUAAUCCGGAUCGCGUACUGAUCGGUGGAGAAACGUCACCUGAAGGUUUGGCGGCUUGUUUCUUAGAAGUCCUUCCUCCAUGUAAAGUGAGCACAAUCAAGAAUAUUUGA